GAUCUGGAUCUGUAUCUGUAUCACCACCAUUCUUUUAUUUUUAACUCUACUCCCACUCCACAGAUGAGAUCCCUCCAAAGCCCAUAACAUGAGAUGGAGGAGCUUGCAAUUUGCAAUUUACUCUUUUCUUACCUUUGGCCGAAUCACUAUUCUCUCACACUGUUUACAAUUGAUUUUGAUCUCUAAUCUAUUUUUGGUUUGAUCAUCCAUGGCUUUUAAAAGAAGCUUAGAUCAGUGUUCUUCUUCUUCAUCAUCUUCGACACAACCUCACUGGAGCUAUGACGUGUUCUUGAGUUUCAGAGGUAAAGAUACCCGCAAAAACUUUACUGAUCAUCUCUACGAGGCCUUGGUUCAAGCUGGAAUUCACACCUUCAGGGAUGAUGAUGAACUUCCAAGAGGACGUGAAAUUUCUUCGGAGCUUCUCAAAUCAAUCGAAGGAUCCAGGAUGUCCAUCGUUGUUUUCUCAAGAAACUAUGCUUCUUCCAGAUGGUGCCUUGAUGAGCUCGUGAAGAUCAUUGAAUGCAAGAAAACACUUGGACAAUUACUUGUCCCAAUAUUCUACGGUGUUGAUCCAUCUGAUGUACGCCACCAAACUGGGUAUUUUGGAGAAGCAUUUGGGCGUUACGUGAAUGAGAUGGAGAAGGUGGAGGUGAGGAGAGCUGCCCUCUCUGAAGCUGCUAAUUUGUCAGGGUGGGAUUUGCAAAAUGUUGCAAAUGGGUAUGAAGCAAAGUUCAUUCGAAAAAUUGUUAAAGAGGUUUUAUGUGAGCUGAAACAUACAUUCCUAAAUGUUGCUGUGCACCCAGUUGGAAUAGAUUCUCAUGUUGAACGCAUAAAGUUGUUGUUCAUGAGAAUUGGAUCAGAUGAUGUUUGCAUGAUUGGGAUAUACGGCUUGGGUGGAAUAGGCAAAACGACCAUUGCAAAAGCUGUGUAUAACCAUAUUUUUCGCCAAUUUGAAGGGAGUUGUUUUCUUGCAAAUGUUAGAGAAUUUGCAGGACAAUUCAAUGGCCUACUUCGAUUGCAAGAACAACUUCUUUUUGAGUUAUUAAGGAUAAAGAAUCUAAAGAUUGGCAGUGUUGAUAGAGGAAUGAAUUUGAUAAAAGAAAGGCUCCAUUCUAAAAGGGUUCUCAUUGUUCUUGAUGAUUUGGAUCAAUUAAGUCAAUUAAAUUCCUUGGCAGGAAAUCGUGAUUGGUUUGGUCCAGGAAGUAGAAUCAUCAUAACAACUAGAGAUGAGAACUUGUUGAAGGGAUUGAAAGUUGAUGAAAGAUACAUGGCUAUGGGAUUGAAUCACAAAAAGUCUUUGCAGCUUUUUAGUUGGCAUGCCUUUGGUGAAACUAAUCCAUUAGAAAAUUAUGCAGAUCUUGCAAAUGGUAUAGUAAGUUAUGCUAGUGGGCUGCCACUAGCUCUUGAAGUUUUGGGUUCUUAUUUGUUUGGAAGAAACAUGGUAGAAUGGAAAAGUGCAUUUGAUAAAUUGCAACAAAUUCCUCAUGAGGAAAUUCAGAAAAAACUUAGGAUAAGUUUUGAUGCACUAGAUGAUGACAAAAUAAAGGAUAUCUUCCUUGAUAUUGCUUUCUUUUUCAUUGGAAUGGACAAAAACUAUGCCAUUACUAUAUUGAAUGGUUGUGGUUUCUUCGCAGAAAUUGGAAUUAGUGUUUUGAUUAGUAGAUGUUUACUGAGAAUUAGUGAAAACAAUGAGUUGAUGAUGCAUGAUCUAGUAAGGGAUAUGGGAAGGGAGAUUAUUCGUGAAAAAUAUCCCAAGGAGCCUGAAAAGCGCAGUAGAUUGUGGUUUCAUGAAGAUGUAUGCUAUGUACUUGAAAAAAACAAGGGAACGGAAGCAGUCAAAGGUGUGAUUCUGACCCAACCCAUGUUAAAGAAGAUACAAUGGAGUAAUAAGGCAUUUGCUGGGAUGCCUAAGUUAAGAUUGCUUCGAAUAAAUCAUGUGCACCUCUGUGGAAAUUUUGAGCAUCUAUUUGAAGAGUUAAGGUGGCUCUAUUGGCAUUACUGCCCAUCGGAGUAUUUACCAUCCAAUUUUCAUCUAGAGAAACUUGUUAUUUUAGACAUGCAAUUCAGCAAAUUUAAAACACUCUGGACAGAUGGCAAGCACUUCAAGAGUUUGAAAAUUCUAAAUCUCAAUAAUUCCAAAUGCCUAACAAAAAGUCCCAUCUUCUGCGCACUAUCGAUGCUUGAGCAAUUACAGCUUGAACGUUGUACAAGUUUAAUGGAGCUCCACGAAUCAAUUGGACUUCUAGAUAAACUUGUUUACCUGAAUUUGAAAGAUUGCAUGAACCUCAGGUAUCUUCCAGGCAGUAUCUGCAAGUUAAAGUCUGUUGAACAUCUAAAUCUCACUGGUUGUGCAAAACUAAAGGAGUUUCCAGAGCACUUGGGACAUAUGGAAAGCUUAACAGAGCUUCUUGCAGAUGGAACAGCCAUUAAACAACUACCUUUCUCUAUCGGACUACUGAAGAAUCUUAGGAAGUUAUCGUUGAAGGGAUGUAAUAGGCAAUUCACGACUAAAUCCCGGUUUUCUCUUAUAUCAUCUUGGGUUUUGUCGAGAAAAAAAGCGAACUCCAUAAGAUUUUUACCAUCCUCUAUUUUAGGUUUGUGUUCCUUAACAAUUCUAGAUCUCAAAGAUUGCAAUCUGUCUGAAGGAGAUUUUCCAGGUGAUCUUAGGAGUUUAUCAUCCUCAUUGCAACUGUUGGAUUUACAAGGAAACAAUUUUCGUAGCCUACCAUAUGGCUUCAGUCAUCUAUCCAACCUAAAAGACCUUUUUGUGGAUUACUGCACAAGUCUUCAAUUUAUCUCAGAUCUUCCUUCUAAUUUAUGUAGAAUCAGUGCAUCUAAUUGUCCAUCACUUGAAAAAAUAUCCGAUGUAUCAAAAUUGAAGGCUCUCCAAAUGUGGGUGGGUAACCCCGGAUUUGAGCAUAUUCUCUCAAAUCGUGGUGAGGGUGAAGAUUGUUUUGACUAUUUUCUAGGUGCACGAACCAUCAUUCCUUUGGACAGGCUCAACAAUUUACAAACUCUUCAGCAUCUUCGUGGCAGGAAGUUCGACAUAUUCUUUCCCGGUGACUUCAACGAUGAUUUCAACUAUAACAUAACAGGGUCUUCUUCAAUAUCCUUAGAAGUGCCAGUGCAAAGGGAAGACAACUACGUUUCAGGGUUUGGUGUGGGAAUUGUUUAUUAUAAAGCUGCGGAUGAAGAAAGCUGCACCAUGAAAUUAGAUGAUUAUCCAUACGUGAUUAUUACUGAUAAAAUUAAUGGCAUCGAUUUUACUUAUAUCCCAGACUUCUUCGGCAUCCCUAAAAGUAGUGGAGAUUAUCGAUGGGGCAGCCAUAUAAUAGUUGGAGAAUAUUUUGGGUAUAGAAUUAAAGGUGGUGAGCAAUUCCAAGUUUCUUUCAUUAUGCCGUCAGCUUUUAAAGUAAAGCGGUGUAAGACGUAUUUGGUUGUCUAUCCCAAAAGUCGUCACCUACGCCCUGUCCUUCCUUCUAUAGAUGACGACCCUUCCUCUACAGAUGACAAAGAAUGAUCAUGAAAAUUGUCACCAAAACAUCAAUUGUGAUUGAGCCAUCUCACAUUUUCCUUUGAAUAAAU